UUGCUGUGCGCCGUUGCUUUGACAGUGUUAUAUUAACCUCCGGCAGAGUGCAGUCAUACUCUUUCUCUUCAUAAAUUUCUCUUCCAUGCUCGACAGAAUUUUACACGGAACCCAUGUGUUGACGAGCACGCGAAAGCGUUUGGAAAGUUCGUAACACGUCGGAAGACAAAUUGUUUAAAGAAACUCAAUUUUGAAUCGCAAAAAUUCCCGGGACUGAGAUAAAUUCGCGACGCUCAUAAAUAUUGAGACAUUCUACGAAUUUGUGCAACGUGUUGUGCGCGAUAAAGCUUAUCGUUACGAGGCAACUUGAGACCUUUCGCAGAGAACGAUCGUUUUUUCAAAAAGGGACCGAGGGGUUGCUGAAGAACCGGAAGUGGCUCUAAACGAGCGAAGGGUGAACAAUGUCGACACUGCAGAACGGCUUCCCUUGAAACUCUUGGGUUCUUCAAGAUAAUAAUUUGGCCGGUUGAGUCAUGCUUUGUCUUCUUGUGCACCGUCAAAAGAUGCCUUUCAUUUUAUAAAUAAUAUCCACUGAAAGAAACUCUCAGACUGAAGAUGGGCAAGCUUUUGAGUCUCCUGGCUCGAGAUGAGUCUACCUGUUGCACGCCUCAAAAAUACGAUGUCUUUUUGGAUUUUGAAAACGCACAACCUUCUGACAUAGAACGAGAGACUUUUGAAGCGGUGCAAAGGGUUCUGAAAAAUUCAGAAUCCAUCUUGGAGGAGAUUCAAUGUUACAAAGGGGCUGGGAAAGAAAUCAGAGAAGCGAUUUCGGCGCCUACGGAAGAGUGUCAACGGAAAGCUUAUCUGACCGUUGCCCCUCUCGUCGCGAAGCUGAAAAGAUUCUAUGAAUUUUCAUUGGAACUCGAAAAAGUGGUACCAAAAAUCCUGGGUCAAUUGUGUUCAGGGAAUCUCUCUCCGACUCAGCACCUGGAGACUCAGCAGGCGUUGGUGAAACAAUUGGCGGAAAUAUUAGAAUUCGUCUUAAAGUUUGACGAGCACAAGAUGAAGACUCCAGCUAUUCAGAAUGAUUUUAGUUACUAUCGGAGGACUCUGACAAGAGCAUCCCUGGCGCGACAGGGUAACGCUGAAAAGGACCUCGUGGUCGGGAAUGAGCUCGCUAACCGAAUGUCCUUGUUUUACGCCCACGCAACACCCAUGCUUCGCGUUCUGAGUCACGCGACCAUUACUUUUUUGAUGGAUAAUGAAGAUGUAGCUCGUGAAAACAUUACCGAAACACUUGGUACCAUGGCCAAGGUUUGCUUGCGCAUGUUAGAAAAUCCGAAUCUUCUGGCGCAGUUUCAACGAGAGGAGACUCAACUCUUUGUUCUGAGAGUGAUGGUAGGGUUAGUAAUCCUUUAUGAUCAUGUUCAUCCUCAAGGUGCCUUUGUUAAGGGUUCGAAUGUCGAUGUUAAAGGCUGUGUAAAACUACUAAAGGAACAACCACCCUGCAAAAGCGAAGGUCUGCUAAACGCUCUUCGUUACACCACCAAGCAUUUGAACGAAGAGAACACACCGAAAAAUAUCAAGAACCUGCUAGCCGCAUGAUUACCAAAACAGCGCGGCUGCUGUAUCAGAAGUUGAGACAGUUGGCUGUUGAUAUCCUAGAACCAGAGCAAUGAGCGAUACAUCCAUGUUGUAGCGCCACGAGGAUGCUGAAGAUGUUCUCACGUUUAACGUGAUCCAAGUAACCUGUUCCUGAUCGUGGCUGGGUGGUGGACCACAGAAGUGUCUUUCUUAUCGAGUCUAUGAUAGCUGUCCGAAAACUGCCGACUUUUCAACAACAACUUUGACAAAUCUGAAGGUAGAAAACCGAACGAGACGAUUUUUAAUCGCACAGUGGGCCAGGAACUGAUCGUGACCAUAUUCUGAGACAUGUUAUCAAUUAUGCUACACAUAUUUGUCUCAUAAUUUGACACAUUUGAUACCUUUAGAGAAAUGUUUCUAGGGUUAACAAAUCUUAUUCUGUUCAUAAUUAUUUUUCAUUCUUGAAAGUGACAGCAGAUUUGUUGCUAAUAUAUUUACAUAUAUUUUUGUCUAGAUUGUUUUUGAUCGGUAGCAAGUAUUAAAAAUUUGAAAUUCAGAUUGGUGAAUGGAGUAUAUGAAAAUUUUGUGGUCUCUUUAUUGUUUAGUAUUGCACUGAUAUAAAUAGUUUAUGGAUUUUUAAUAAAUCUAUUGGUGUAUUAUGCAUAAGUAAUUUUAAAUAUUGUAACAUAGGUUAAACAUUCAUAUCUAAAUUAAUAUUUGGUCCUGAGACUCCAUGAAAAGGAAUAUUUUGAAGGAAAUCAUGUUAGCAAAUAUGAAGCUUGAAAACCGAUCUAGUAGUUUCAGUAUUAAAAUAAUUUUUUUCAGUAUUGAAAUCUGACUGAUUUAGUAAUUUUAAUAUUAAAAUCAAAAAAAUCAUUCUGAUCAUGAAAAUUGACAAUUUAUUAUGACGAGUAGAAUGAAUGUUAGAUAUUUUAAAAUUUGUCCUAAAUAACAUUGAAAGAGACCAUUUUGUUUAUGUUGCAUUAUGUUAAAAUGAAGUUUCAUAAAUUACAUAUCAUCAAUGUCAAAUAAAUGAACAGUAUCCAUUAUUAUUAGUUUCCAGUAUUUCAGAUAGUUAUAAAUAAUAAAUUUCCUUUUCCGAAGAAUUAUUUGUUCUAAAGGAGGUUGUGUACGAUUUUAAAGGAAUUAUUAUAUAUUGAUAAUAUGAAACACAGUAUAGCAUGAUUAAAAGAAGUUUAACAAAACUAUGUUAAAGUAAAAAUAUAUCUGAUGUUGAAUUAGAGAUUAAAAUAUUGUACCAAGUUUAUCAAUGAUUUUAAUAGUAAAAUUAAUGUUUGCUUAUUAAUUUAUUAAUUUUUGUUUAUCUAACAAUUUGUAACAGUUUAUAUAACAAUUUAUUGUAUAUUAUUAACGAUUUCAUUAACUAUUACUAAUUUAUCUUUGUUCAUCUUAGUACCUCAAAAUUAAAAAUCCACUCUUCCUAAGUGUUAAAAGCGUCGAAUACAAAAUGACUUUUUUUAAACGUUAUUUAUUAACUUGUUUAAAAAAACGGACAAAAACAAGCAUGUACAAUAAAAUAUAAAGCAUGAGCUACACAUUGAGUUACUACAGGCUAUUACUGUUUUAAACAUCGUGAUUGAAAAAGGAAAGUAAUAUUUUAACAUUAAAUAGUAAAAUAACCAAAUUUUGAUUUUUAUGAAACUUUGUUGUGAUAUGCUUAUAAAUAUUAAGGUGGUUAUGUUUUUUUUUUUCAAUAAAAAAAAAUAUCGUUGUUGCAUUAUAAUUAAAAAUGUACUGUGUAUGUCUGCCAAAUUGUCAUACAAAUCAAUGAAGUCAUUCAAUAUCACUCCCCGUUACCAACUUACCAGACACACACAAUACCUCCAGUAAAUGUUUAUUCUGUACUGCACAUGUUAAGCGCUAUUUUCAAUGCGGUUUAUUGCAAUCUUGAACGCAGUUCAUUGCAAUUUUAAAUGCACAUUUCAAACGCAGUUAAUUGCAAUUUUGAAUGCAGUUCAUUGCAAUUUUAAAUGCACAUUUCAAACACAGUUAACUGUAAUUUCGGAUGCAUUUUUCUGCAAUUUCGAAUGCAGUUUUCUGCAAUUUUGAAUGCACAUUUCAAACACAGUUAAUUAAGAUUUUAAAUUGACACAAAUGCAGUUAAUUGCAAUUUUAAAUAUAAAUUUUCAUCAUCUCUAUCAAUUACCUAUAUUUUUUAUACAGUUAAUUUUGUAUUUUAAACAAAUUUUAAAGAUACUACAUUAACCACCUUAAAUAAAAUUUGCAAGUAAAUUAACAAAUCCUGCAUAGCGUAGCAAAUCACAUUCGAGACAACCUCAACUUUAUAAGACUGCAUUUAUUUAUUAAAUCAUUUUGUACCUCGUUUAUAAAUUAAUUAUUGCUUUUUGAUUUUCUGUUUUGGCCACGAAAUCUCUCGGCCCACUGUGCAUCGGAGGAAUUGCUGUACGCGUUUAUUGACGUUACGAAAACAUUUGAACAUUAUUAUUAGUCACCACUUUCAUUAUCAUCGCUAUGAUUACGAUUCUUCAUGUUCAUUCAAGUAUUAUCCUAAUAUCACCGUGUCUUCCCGAAGCGGGGGAUCGAGUUGAUUACAGCAUAUCAGUAAGGUAUUUAGGAUAAUUUUUAUUGUGGACAUUCGAGAGCGUUACGAUUAAAAUAACGUAAGGUUUUUUUUUGUUGAACGAAGAGAUUUCUUUGUUGAAAGCGUCGAUUAUAAAGAGGAUAUUUAUGGAAAAUUGCGAUCUUUACUUCGUUAUGAAUUAUCUCUACUUCGUUCUGUUAAUGCGAAUGAAUUUUAUGUCUGUUUCGACUGCAAUUGAGCUCUUCCAUAAAAAUUAACCCUCAAACACUAUCGUUAUUUUGACCCGUUUACUCGAGGAUUUGAAUGCUGAAACAUACAGAAAAUUUAAGAUAUCUUUUAACGAGCGAUAUAUUUUUUGCAUGAUCUUUGCAAAUCUUUUGUAUUUUGCAUAUUUUAUUUCUGUAACUGGGUCAAGCCACAAUUUUACGAGGGUUAACUUCCUUUUUUCAAUAUAUUUUAGUUGUACACAGCAUAAGUUUAUGGAAUAAUGUUCAUUUAAAAUUCGAAUUUACCGUUUUUCUUCUAAUUGCACUUACGAAGUCUACACGUUUCUGAAUGUAGUUUUUCUUGCAUCAAGAAUACCAAAUAUUACGCAAUUUUAUUAUUCAGUAAAUCGUCUCGUUUAUAAACUGUUUCGUUUACUGUUGUUAAAGUUUGAUAAUUGAGUAAUUAAAGUACUCUUUUUACAUGUUUUUAAAAAGUAAUCAUAGUUACCAAUACUGCCCACAAUAUAUCGAAAAUUUGUAUAAAUAUUUAUCGUUUCGUAUUUUGUAUUUGAAAACAGAUUUUCCAAAUCAUUCGCUAGUUGAAAAAUUCAAUUUUAUAUGACGUUGUUUUCAUACAAGUAGAAUCUUCUUGUUUGUAUUAUCUAAUAUAUUUAAUUAAAGACAAUUAUAUGAGACUCAUAAAAGAUAUUAAUAUUUUAUUCACUUUUGUAUAAACAUUUACUUUAUAAGAUUUAUUAAUAAGAUUUAUUGUUCUUUUGUUUAAAUUGUCUUCCUUUUUGCAUGCGUUUCAAACCUUUAUAUGUGUAUCGUGCACAAAUUUUUCACAGAUAGUAAUAAAUAUUCUUUCGGUGUUGAAGUUUGAAAGCACAGUCCUUUCCCAGAGAUUUUCCACGUCAAAGCAAUAAGAAAGGAAGCUCAAUUUUAAGUUCAAUUAUUUUGACAAUACUUGUACAAUAUUUAUAUUGCGUGUAGAAUUUAAAGGAUCACAACCGAUAUUAAUAAUAUUUAUAAGUAUUUCGAUUUGUAUAUUCCUUCGGACAAUCCUGUUAAGAACGGUUAAUCGAAAUUUUAUUUCGUUACUAACGGGGAAAGGAAAAAAUGUUGCACUAAAGAAUUCUAAUGUUUACUGUAAGGAAAAUGUUGCUGGUAUAGUUUACGAAAGUGUAACUGGUUUUCAUAAUCGCGUUAACAAUCAGAGCUCGAGGUUUGUUAGGAUUUCUUGUUUCUAAAGUUUUAACGACAUUCGUACAAAAAGAACAACGGAGAUGCGCAAAAGCUUCAC